AUGAAGUUCACUGCCGCAAUCAUCGCUGCCCUGGCGGGAACCAGCACCGCCUUGUUCACCAAGGACCAGCCCUGGGGUAAACGCGACUACGCCUGCGUAAACGUCUACCAAGGCAUCCCCGACAACUCAACCGUCACCGCCGGCCAAACCGUGCGCGUCCGCUUCAACCGCAAGCCCACCGGCCGCUGCCCGGACCCGUUGACUCAGUACCCCGGCGACGCCUACAACGUCUGGCUGUACAAUAACCCCGUGCGCCACCUCGACACCAUCUCCUUCAACCAGUCUAUCCGGAUCGCGAGCGGUAUUAAUGAGACUGCCGGUGUUGUGGAUGUUACUAUUCCCAAGAACUUGCCCGCCGUCGAGGAUGCCUCGCUUUGGUACUUGAGAAUUGGGACUUCGCUUCCGACUGCGCCGCAGAUGCCUACCUUGUUCAACGCUGCUGGGCCUUUCACGGUUAUCUCUGCAUAG